AUGGCUCAGCUCAAAUUUCUCGUGGCCCUUUUGUCGGCUGUGGUAACUUUGCCCAUCGGCAGCACCGCUCGGGAAUGCUACGUCGACGGCACAGACAAGGGCCGCUUCCACUCACUCCUGGUGAAAACCUACCCCCAACUAAACCAGUUCAAAGGAUGUACAACUUUAAUCGGCAGUCUCGACAUUGCCCCUACAUUCUCUGGAGACCUUGAACUCCGAGGCGUUAAAAAUGUCACCGGUUCGAUUAGUGUCUUUGGCGCAUUGGAGGAAAUCAGCUUGCCGGACCUGGAGUAUAUUGGCGAGGUGACCCUCUUUGAGAGACACAGGGUCAAGAGACUGCUGCUACCAAGGGUUACGCGAGUGAAAGCUCUCCAUAUUUCGCAGCCACGGGGGUUCUUCUUUGAUUUGGGUUUUUUGACGUGUGCGGAGGCGAUAAGUUUGGAUGGGCCUUGGUCUAGGAUAUCCUUUCCCUCGUUGGAACAUGUCGAGCUCAAGCUGUCAUUUGACACCCAGCUUCCCUGGGCCUCCAAGGGGUACCCCCGCGACCCGGCCCCGAUCGAUAUCGAGCUCCCUGCGCUAAGGCGUGUCGGGGGGCUCAGCCUGGAGGGAGAUAUCCGAAGCCUCUCAACGCCCAAGCUAGAGGCCAUAGUUGACGGUGGAUUAAGAGUCAGCGCGCAGCAAGCCGAUUUACCUGCCGUGGACAUGCCCUCACUUAAGAGCCUGGACACACGCCUCUCUCUCUGGGGGCGGAUAAGCCGGUAA